CCGCAGUUGAAAUGUGCAGUCUUACAGUGUAGACGAAUAUAUUUGUAAGAGACAAAAUACCUGCAAAAUGGAAGAAAACCCGUCAAACUAUAACCAACGUAUAGCGAAAAGCACAUUUAAAGAUAUCCUCAUUAGUCCAAACAAUGAUGACGUCAUAAUUCCAAUCAGUGCAACAUUCGACAAAGCUGUAUUACACAUUGGUAUAGGAAACGGAUGUGGAAUAUUUAUAGAGAAGUUUGGUUUGAAGAAUGACAAUGAGUUGAAAACUUCAGUGAAAUAUGCCACCCGAAAGUUCACAGAUGCUCGUUAUCAAAGGAAAAACAAAUGUAAAGACCAAAAAGCAAGUAAAAGUGGAGAUAUUGAGAAGAUUGUAGAUGAAAGUGGUGAAAAGUUUCCAAGUAUGAAAGUGAUUGAUAGAUAGCUGGCUAAGCUAGUCGACAAUCUUUUGGUUAAGUCACCAACGGAAAUCAAAAGUGAUAAAGAUACAAUGUCAGACACUAAACCUCUGAAAGAAAACAAAUCUUUAAAUAUCGAAAUUGACAUUGAUGCCACUGAUAAAAGUUUUCAAUCUACGAUAGGGGCAGUUUUCACAUAUGACGUAAAAGAUGACGAUAUGCUUAAUGAAACACGUUUAAAAGCAGAGAAGACAAUUUCAUUUGAAUCCAUUGAUAAGGCUUAUCAAGAGGAAAUGUUACAGGUUUAAGUUGAUAAAGAGGCAGUUGUCAAUAAACCAACUAACUAUAGGCCAUCGACUGAAAGUGGAUCAGGUUUUCCACUUGCAGAAGAUAUGCAUGUAUAUCUGGAUGAACUGUUUGUAAUAUCAAAACGAGGCUCUCAAAUGUUUGAUGAAUAUGUAUCAGUAACUAGAGAAAAGAGAAGAAAAGACAAACAACAAGAAGAUGUAUCCGAAAGCGGUCCGACGAGUGCUGUUGUAGAUAUAGCGAAAGAUUUCACAGUAGCAGACAGCAAUUUGUUCGGAGACGUUCUAUUUAAAGAUCAAUGUGGUCCAAUUUUAUCUGAUACAAUUGAAGAUAGAGCAGACGACAACGACAGCGAUGCAUCAUAUGUAGUCUCGGAUACGUUUGGUAACUUUCUAGAUAUAGGGUCAGAUAAUUCAAUGAGUAUAGAUAUAGUUGCAGUUGGUGAAAUAUCAGACAGUCACACACAAGGUGAUGUCUUAGUUAUAGAAGCAGAAGAUGAACUCGUUAACAUAGCAGAAUCAGAUAACGAUAUUUUAGACUUCGAAGCAAUAGUUUUCCAAGAUGUUCAUGAUGAAGUGGACAUAACAGCAGCCAGGAAUGACAUUGAUGAUACAUAUUUUACAUACAACGAUAUUGUUGACGAUGAGGAUAACCUUUUUGGUAUCAUGAACCUCUACAUAAAGAGUGAUCUACACUUACAC